UUUAAUUGCAGGUAGUCAUGACAACUUAAUAACCGUUUUUCUUUACCUUUUUCUUCUUCCUCGUUUUCAUUAGCUAAUGAUCUUUGUCUUAUUUGUAUGUACUGUAAUUUACAUAUCCAAAGUCAUUAUUAUUAAGACAGUGCGUCAUCAAUUAUGACGCCAUAAAGCGCAUUUAAAAGUUUAGAAUGUUGGCGCGCGCGGUAUAUAAAGCCAUGGAAUUCCGUGAAACAUUUUGUGGGUUGGUAGUAGUGUUCGAAGACGAGAGUGGUUAGCGGUUAUCUGAGUGAUGGGACAGCGAAUUUCUCGAGUUAUUCCGGUGAAUGAUGGCGCGGUGUACGAUCACCAGUCCAGUACACCCCCGACACCCGACACCGACAAGGCGGAGCAACACUUACAUCCGUGCGAUGAGCCGCUUGUCGAUAUCGGUGAGGGAGACGCCCAGAGGAGGGAGGAGGAGGAGCGGAGAGAGGCAUGGGGUGAGGAGGAGGAGGAGAAGGAGAAGAAGAAGAAGAAUAGGGAAAAGAGGUUCUGGAGGCUGCCCUCCUUCCUUAAAGCUGCCAGAAAACACCUCAAGAUGAUCCGCCCGGGUCAGACUGAGGUGCAGCUUAUUGAGUCACCAUCGCCAGCCAGCAGUGCUGAUGAUGACAUUAUGUGCCGAUAUGAGCUCGGUGAUCGUCUGGGGGUAGGCGGGUUUGGCGUCGUUCAUGAAGCGUGUCGUGUGGAGGAUGGCCUUAAGGUGGCAGUGAAAGACGUCAUGAAGACGCACGACAUGGAAUAUCUAACUAUUCCUGGUCAUCCAAACCCCCUACCUGUGGAGAUCGCCCUUACACUCCUGGCCAACGAGGGACCCAGUGCGCCAGAGAUUAUAAAGCUGCUGGACUGGCAGGACCUUCGGGACAACUAUGUCAUGGUCCUCGAGUGUCCAUCGCCCUGCGAGAACUUAGUCAGCUUCUUGGAGGGCCACGGAGGCAGGCUUGAUGAAGGUUUAGUUCGGCACAUCAUGCGGCAGGCAACGCAGGCAGCUCGCACAUGUUGUCGCCGUGGCGUAUUCCAUGGUGACAUAAAGUUAGAAAACUUCAUCGUGAGCAAGGACACCCUGCAGGUCAAGUUGAUUGACUUUGGGUGUGGGGACAUCAUGAGAAAGUCCGCCUACACGACAUUGUAUGGCACCAUGGAGUACUACCCUCCUGAGUACAGGGUCAAGGGCAAGUACCAUGCAAAGUCUGCAAUGUCGUGGUCUCUUGGUGUCAUCUUGUUCGCCAUGCUGUUCGGCCAUUUUCCAACUGGCGAGGACCUGCAGAAGACCAAACUAAACCUUUGGUCAGAGCCUAGACUGUCGAAGGACUGCUGCCGUUUGAUCUGUAGUCUCCUGCAGCAUAAACCUAAGGGACGGCUCGAUCUGGGGAAGAUCCUUCACCACGACUGGUUUCAGGUCUCCAUAUAAGUCGUGGCGAAAAGGAGCUUCGACCCCAGACAUUUCCCCAGUCUCCUGUCAGCUUUGCGUCUUGCGGGCUGGCAGGAAGACGUUCCAUCCCUCCGUGAAGCCUCAGCGUCUUGCGGGGCCGGCAGGCCAUGGUUGCGUCUUGUGCCAUGGCUUGAAGCAGCAGUACUUCCGUCUGGCGGUGCUGCUCGCUUAGGCAUGCAUAUGUCUCUGUCCCAUCACUGCCUCUACAACAUGACUGUAUCAGUCCAAGAGGACCCUGUCUCAACUGCACUGCUCACCAGAGGUUCCUGCCAUGGCCAGCUUAAAGGCAUGUAACGGGCGUCCUCGUCUCAGAGCUCCACUGCCCUGGUUCCUCAGUGGUUCCUCUCAUGGCUACACACAAGUCCAAAUUUUGAUGUCCCAGAGGUUCCUUCUACGGUGCUCUGGGUCUCCCAGUCUUGCUGCUCUGGUACCAGAACUUUCUGUAGUGGCUAUCUGGUCUUCAAGCUCCUUGUCAUGACUGCACACUCUCAAAAGUUGCCCUGGACAGUGAGGUGGCUGCAAAGUCAGCUGGGUCCCAGAGGUUCUAGCAAUGGCCACUCAGAGAGGUUUAUGCCACGGUCCCGUCUCAGAUGUUCUUCUCGAAUUGAUAAGGUAAUAUCGAUGCCAUUUUUGUAAGAAUAUAGCAUCUUUGUUUAAGUAACCCUCCGGAGCCAAAAAAUAAUUAUGCUAAUGGGCGUAUCCUUUCCGAAGCAUUGUAUCCACAUUUUUCCGGACGUAAAAAUGGGCGCCGCCAUUUGUAAAUUUUAUGGGUCUAGUACAUUUGCGUCCAGAACAGUUAGUUUUGCUGCUUGAUAUUGAUAAUUGAUGUGUCCUAUCAUAUUAUUUUAAUCAGUUAUCUUAAUUAAGAACACACUGGUUUGUACUGCAAACAGUUUUACCGUUUACUGCACGUUGUUAUUCUCCUCGUUAUUUACCUAUAGCGGCUAAUGAAAUGGAAGUCUCACCCAUAGGCUUACUUCCGCGUUGAGGAAAAAGAUGGAUACGGAAAGACCAAUCGCAACAGACUUGGCCAGCUGACCAAUCAGAGCAGAGUAGGCUGAUGGAAGCAGAUUACAGAUCUUAAACUCAGAACUGCUUCCAACGAAUUGUUUCGAAAUCAUUGAAAAAUGAUUCUAAUUUUAAAUGUAUAUGCUGAGAAAAUACAAUGUUUUCUGAUCUUAGAUGCAUUUAAACCUGUUGUAGGGGACUCCAACACAAU